AUGGCUUCUACUUUUGAAAUCCAUGCUAUUCAUGCUAUCAACACAACAAAAAAAGAUUGGCCCAUUAUGGUUAGGGUGAUUCAUAUCUGGAGAUUACCAGGUAAAAAUACAUCCGAAGAAUCCAAUGGUGUUGAAUUAGUCUUCCAGGAUGCUGGAGAAAAACAAGGUAAUCACUUGGAUGACGAUAUAGAGCUAUUGACUAGCCAAAAUUCUCAGUCUAUUGGUGAAUCUUUGCUCGCAAUGCCAAAUAGGGUUAAGAUUGAAGAACUAUCAGAUUGUAAACAUGAGGACGAAGUUGUGACUCUUGGCACUGUUGUUGAUAUUAAUACCAAUAGGGAUUGGUUCUACAAUGCAUGCAAGAAAUGUAAUAAGGAAGUACUCCUUGAUUGUGAUGGGUUCUAUUGCACAAAGCGCAAUAGAAAAGGCAAGACUGUUGUACCAAGGUUUAAGGUGACAUUUACUGCAGAUGAUGAUACUGGAUCUGACACAUUCAUUAUGUUUGAUCCUGCAUUUUCUAAGUUUGUAAACUGCACUGCUACUCACCUAAGAGAGUCUAUUCCUAAGGAAUCUGAAGAUGAGGUUGUGCUUUCGGAUUGUUUUUAUGAGUUUAUUGGGAAGGAGUUUGUGUUCAAGGUUUCCAUUAGAGACCCCGCGAAACAAGGCUUCUUGGCUGGCCACAUAGUGACCCGUUUUUGUGAAGAUUCAAAUGUAUUAAGAGCAUAUAAGGAAGGCAUAGAUGACCUUCCAAAUAGUCUACACAAUGACAGUCAUACUGAAACCACAACUGAAUGUGAUACUUCACAUGUAGACUCAGAAGUUGGUAAUACAGGUGAAAGCACUCUUUCAAAAAGUAUUAGCUCUAAAACAUGCCUAAAGUUAAGUGAGAAAGAUGCUAAUGGUGGUGAUUUUUCCACGAAUGUGAACAAGAUGCGUGCCCUUCCAAUUGGUGCCUCAAUAAAGGGAAAAAAUAUGCGUGACAUGACUGUCAAUAAUGAUAGUAGUGAUGAUGAACUUAUUUCAUCGGUCGUGAACCGUGUGAAGAUAGAGAAAUGA